AUGGUGAGGACUCAUGAUGGUGAAUUUUUGGUGCUUUUGGUGUAUGUAGAUGAUAUUCUUAUCACUGGCACGCCUCUUUCACAAAUUGAAGAGGUUAAAAGAUCUUUAGACACAGCUUUCACAAUCAAAGAUCUUGGAAAUUUGACAUAUUUCAUUGGAAUUGAAGUGCUUAGGACUGCAAAUGGAAUUUUUCUUUCACAGAAGAAGUACAUUAAGGACAUCCUUUCUGAUGCCGCUAUGCUUGACUGCAUUGCUGCUCCUGCUCCACUCUCUUGUGGACUUCCACAUCUAAGAGUUUCACUUCAUAUUCUUAAGUACUUGAAAGGUACUUUGGAUCAUGGCUUAUGGUACAAAGCUGAUGAUACAGAUCUACAAGUCACUGCUUAUAGUGAUUCAGAUUGGAGUUCAUGUCAGUUUAGUAGUAGAUCUCUUAGUGCUUAUGCUGUGUUUUUGGGAUCUAAUAUGAUUUCAUGGAAAACAAAAAAGCAACACAGUGUGAGUAAGUCUUCUGUAGAGGCAUAA